AUGGCAGACGCCUCCGCCGCCGGCCUCCGCCGCCGCUCCCUGGCGCUCCUCCUCCUUCUCCUCGUCGCCGCCGGCCACGCCGUCGCGGGGGCGUCGGGCAUCCGGGUCGACCCCAUCCGCCUCCCCUCGUCGGCGGCGUUCCGGGAGGCCCCCGCGUUCCGGAACGGGGACGAGUGCCCGCCGCCGGGCUCCCCGGAGGGCCGCGUCGACGUCGCCAUGACGCUGGACGCCAACUACCUCCGUGGCACCAUGGCCGCCGUCUUCUCCAUCCUGCAGCACACGGCGUGCCCGGAGAGCGUCGCGUUCCACUUCCUCCGGCGGCGCGCCGGGGCCGAGAUCGGGCGGGCAGCCGGACCCGCUGGCGCGAUCCGCGCCACGUUCCCGUACCUGGAACCAGCUCACCGCUUCGACCCGUCGCGGGUGCGGGGCCGCAUCUCGCGAUCCGUGCGCCACGCGCUGGACCAGCCGCUCAACUACGCACGCAUCUACCUCGCCGACACGCUCCCCGCCGGCGUGCGCCGGGUCAUCUACCUCGACUCCGACGUCGUGGUCGUCGACGACGUCCGCAAGCUCUGGUCCGUGGACCUGGAGGGGCACGUCGUGGCGGCGCCCGAGUACUGCCACGCCAACUUCACCAAGUACUUCACCGACGCCUUCUGGUCCGACGCCGACCUCAGCGCCACCUUCCGCGGCCGCCGGCCGUGCUACUUCAACACGGGCGUCAUGGUGAUGGACGUGGCUAAGUGGCGCCUCGGGGGUUACACCAGGCGGGUGGAGGAGUGGAUGGCCGUGCAGAAGCGGAAGCGGAUCUACCACCUGGGCUCGCUGCCGCCGUUCCUGCUCGUGCUCGCCGGCGACAUCAAGGCCGUCGACCACCGGUGGAACCAGCACGGGCUCGGCGGCGACAACAUGGAGGGGAAGUGCCGGAGCCUGCACCCGGGGCCCAUCAGCCUGCUGCACUGGAGCGGCAAGGGCAAGCCAUGGCUGCGCCUCGACUCCAGGAAGCCAUGCACCGUCGACUACCUCUGGGCGCCAUACGACCUCUACAAGGCGGCGGCGACCGCGCUCGAGGAGUGAUCCAUCGAGCCGGUUGGUGGCGCAAGCGAUCGAGCACGCAGAUGGGGGUCCGGAGGGCAGACGACGACGGCCGAUCGAGGGGGGAAGAAAGAGAGGAAGCUAGCGGUGAUCGAUGAGCAGACUAGCACAUACAAUGCAAUGCAACGCACUGUGCUUGCGUCCGAUCGAGGUGGGAGCUCGACGAGGAAUGGAAGAAGGGGAAUUGGAUCAAGGAAGAAGAUGGAGGGUGGUGAAGAUGAUCGAGCAAGGCCUCUUGUUUUGGGUUCUCAUGCACGUUGCACGGACACUCGGUCUGCCCUUGGACUCGUCGUGUUUUGUAUAGGUCAUGUGGUCAGUAGGGCUGGUGUGUUUGUAAAGAGAUUAGGGCUUGUGUGCAGUGGGAGCAUUUGCGUGUACUACAACGAAACACACAUGUACAAAACACACAGACAAAUCAAACGAUUA